GGUACAUCGGAAGGGAUGCUCACCGGAGUGGUGGCUGGCGCCGUCUUCACUUCUCCCGCAGUGGGCAGCACUGCAGCAAUCCGGGCAGUGACACAGGCUGGCUCAGCCGGGACGCUGCUGAUCGUGAAGAACUACACUGGGGACCGGUUGAACUUCGGGCUGGCACUGGAGCAGGCGCGGGGCAGAGGGGCCGAAGUGCAGAUGGUGGUGGUGGGUGACGACAGCGCUUUCACUGCGCAGAAGAAAGUGGGGAGAAGAGGGCUGUGUGGCACAGUGCUCAUACACAAGGUGGCUGGCGCGCUGUCGGAGGCAGGGGCGAGCCUGGAGAAGGUUGUUCGCAGGGUGAUGGCUGCUGCAGGAGCCAUGGGUACCUUGGCGUGGCCUGUCCCCCUGCAUGUCCCUGGCUCAGGACCUACCUUUCAGCUGGCUCAGGACGAGCUGGAGCUGGGCCUGGGGAUUCAUGUUGAGGCGGGCGUGCGCAGGAUGAAGAUGGUGCCGGCGGACGAAAUCGUCAAGAUGAUGCUCGAUCACAUGAGCAGCUCUUCCAACGCCUCGCGCGUGGCCUUGGAGCCCGGGGGCCUCUGUGGUGCUGGUGUUGACAACCUGGGUGGCCUGUCCUUCCUGGAGCUGGGUGUGUGGCCGGUGGCGGCUGUACGCUGCCUUGGACCGAGGUGGUUCGCGUUGGCCCGAGCCCUGGUCGGCACCUUCAUGACGGCGCUGGAAAUGGCUGGUGUGUCCCUCACCCUCCUGCUGGCAGAUGAUGACCUCUUGGACUAAUCGGUGAGAUGCUGAACCACAGCUGUGGCCUGGCCCAACCUGGCCCGAGUACUUGUGACAGGCCGGAGCAGAGUGCUGGCUGCACCUGCACCUCCUCCCACAUCUAACCAGCCCCCUCUCUCCCUCAGCCCCAGUCUCCCAGCGGUGGCAGCUGUUCUGGAGCGGGUGUGCAGUACUCUGCUGGGCCUGCAGAGGAAGCUCAAUGAGCUGGACCGCGCGGGGGAUGGUGAUUGCGGCAGCACCAUAUGCCGUGUGUCUCCAGCCAUACAGGAGUGGUUGAACUCGACGCCCCUGCCUGCCCGACCGUCCCAGCUCCUCUCCACUCUGGCCAGGCUGAUGCUGGAGAAGAUGGGGGGUCGUCAGGGGCGGUGACUGUACGGGCUGUUCCUGACGGCAGCUGCGCAGCCCCUGCAGAGCCGCAGUGACCCCGCAGCCUGGGCUGCUGCCAUGGAGGCCGGCAUCGAAGCCAUGCAGCGGUAUGGGGGAGCCGCCCCUGGGGACAGGACCAUGCUGGAUUCGCUCUGUGCUGCUGCUGAGGAGCUGCGUGCCCUGCAGGCCCCUGGUGCCGACCUACUGCCCGUGCUGGCCAAGGCAGUUCAGAGCGCAGAGGCUGCGGCUGAAUCCACCAAGAACAUGGAAGCAGGCGCUGGCAGGGCCAGUUACAUCAGCUCGGCCCGCCUGGAGCUACCAGACCCAGGGGCUGUGGCAGCAGCUGCUGUUCUGCGCGCUGUGCUGGAAGGGUUACAGAGCUAGAACGGGUGACUCUGCCACCUCCCCCUGCUCCUGGGUACUCCCCCACUUUACCCUCCUCCCCCUGCAAGUCCCUGGGGCCCUUCUGUGCUGACUUGCACACCCUUUGCAGGCAAGACAAGCAGAAGCGAUGUUAACGGAAGUCCUACCAAGAGCUGGCUCAAUGCUCCUGGGUCUGCCCAGAGCAGGAUCUUGUCGGCAGGAAUGGGGGCCAGCAGGGAGACUGUGGUCAUCCCUGUGCCACUGCUCACUGGGUAGCUGGCCCCCUGGCCCCCCCAGUUCAUCCCUGCUACUGGGUGCUGUGAGUGCGGUGGCUGUAAUAAAGAGUCCUGCCCCAGA